CACACACACACACACACCAAGAAGCACAGUAUUUCCAUGAAGAAGCAGGUUUAACAUCCUGUUUCAGUGCGCCAUGAUGCUGAGAAGAUCACUUGUACUUCUUUCUCUCAUUGGACAUGUUUUUGCCAAAAAACCUCCUGAUGUGGAUUGCUUGGUGGUGAAUCUGAAUUAUGUUUCCUGUACAUGGAAUAAGACCGGGACUCCGGAGGUCAACUACACCUUCUACAGCAACUUCACCAGUGAACAACAAAAAAUCUGUAACGACUAUUUGUUGAAGAACAAUGUGAAGAUUGGAUGUAACCGACCGAUUGGAGAAAGAUUCAAUAGAUUUUUCACUCAACUGGUCCAUGGCAAGGAUGUAUUUAAUCACCAGCAUUAUCUUAAACAGCAAGUCAAGUUAAAUCCACCGAACAACCUGACUGUCCUGAAUGGAUCGGAUUCUAACCUGUGGUUUUACUGGAACCACACUUCUCCUGCUCCCUUACGCUGUGUCGAGAGUGAGGUCCGCUUCAGGACAAACAACAAUAACUGGGAGCAUUCUAAAGUUAGCUUCAAGACACAGAACUACAGCAUCAACUUGCCCUCAAACAGUUCCCGAUAUGAGCUGCAAGUGCGGAACAGAAUAGGCUACGGCUGUGGAGCGUCUCGAUUCUGGAGUGACUGGAGUGAGCCUGUGGUCUGGGGAUCCCAUGAUACCACAGGCUCCAGUGAUACAAUGACUGUGUGGACACCAGUGCUGUAUGUGGUGGGUGCCAUCACCCUUAUCCUAUUGAUCAUGAUGUUACUGCACCAUGAAAGGAUCAGAAUCAUCCUCAUCCCUGCUGUUCCCAAGCCAUCCCUGUUCCUACAAGACAUCGAGGACUGGUUUCAGUUUCCCAAAGGCCUGAAAGAGAGUUUUAAAGCAAACUACAAUGAGGACGCCUGUCCUGUGUCUGAGUACAACCACGUCUCCCAGGCAGACGGCGUGAAGUCUGACGGCUCUACCUCCUCUGUCACCACCGACCAAACCGACUGCUCUGUCUCCAUCGAUGUGAAUGAUCCAGAAGAUCUGUCCAUCCCCUUGUCCUCUUUCAGCUCCCCAGUUUCAUCUGAGGAAGUGCAGAAGGUUUCUAAUUAAGCAGCACCUGAACCAAGACUAGGUUUGUCUGAGCUAAACUAUCAGGGCUUUGUUAUACUGAUACAUCUGCUUGAUGGCAUUGAUUAGAUUAUGGAUAAAUAAGUAUGUGUAAAUUAAUAGUUUACAACACUGCCCAUUGAAAUAAACCCUACACUGUAAAAAAAAGUACGUAAAAAUGACAGUGGAAAACUGUGAAAUGGCAACAGUAAUAGACCAGAAAAUCAAAAACGGUGUAUUUCUGUAGCAGAAACAUGUGAUUACCGUAAAUCAAAAAACAAUACCUAACUGUAAUUUCCACUGCGAUAAUGUGUUGAAAUGACAGUGAAAAUCUUUUUCCUGCACUGCAAAAAAUGUUUAUAAAAAAUACAGUGGAAAACUGCCAAAUGGCAACAGUAAUAGACCGUGCAAUUGAAAAGGGUGUAUCUCUGUGGCAGAAACAUGUGAUUACCGUAAAUCCAAAAACAAUACAUAACUGUAAUUUUCACUUUGAUAAUAUGUUGAAAUCACACAUUUUCACUGUGAAAAUCUUUUUUCCUACAUUGCAAAAAAGUCUGUAAAAAAUACAGUGGAAAACAGCCAAAUGGCAACAGUAAUAGACCGUAAAAUCGAAAAGGGUGUAUCUCCGUCGCAGAAACAUUUAAUCACCAUAAAUCAAGAACCAAGAUAUAACUGUCAAAAUAUGCUGAAAUCACACAUUUUUACUGUGAAAAUCUUUCUUUUCUGUAAAAUUUCUAUAAAAAUGACACACUCAUACCAUAAAAAUAAUUUCUGUCUGAAUUAUACAUAUUGCUGAAUUGUACAUUUAAAUGUAUUUCCCAGGUUGACUGAAAUUUAAUCAGGAACUAUUUGAAAUAAUAGUUUGUUUUUUCAGAAAAGGAAAUGCAAAACAUUGUAUUGUUUUAUUAUUCUGUGUAUCAACUGCGUCUGAACUGUAAACUGAAUAACUGGAUUUAGAUUUCAUCAUACAAAUUUUCUUUUCAUGCACCUCGUGAGUGGUCCCAAAAUAUUCAGCUUAUUGCAGAGCAGGGUUAUAAUAGUUUUGGAUUUUACAUUAUUGUUUAGUUUCAGUUAGUUUUUACUUUUUUUUUCUCUAAUUCAGUUAGUUUUAAUUAGUUUUCAGAGCGGUUUUG